GACCUUUAGUGUUUAUAUUUUCGUGAUUAUUUUAUUUAUACGCGAUGUGUUGUUUUAAGUAGUUUUGGAAUAAGGGGAAACAUAAUUUCAUGAACAUGGCUAACAACAUAGCACUAGAUAAUGUCCAAAAAUCCCAUUGCCGUUUUUGUGCCGAAAACAAAGCCGAAAACGAGCUAUACGUUUUGACAAGAAACGAAGAAUUAAAUGAUCGAAUCAUGAAGAUCAUUGAAUCCCUAAAAAUUGAUUUUGUUGAUUUAUCUAACAGUAAGCUGCCAAGAUGCGUUUGCAGAGGGUGUUACGCCUUUUUAGAAACGGCAGAUGAUUUUUUUACGAAAGCGAGAAAUUCUCAACCCCUUUUGAGUGCAAUGUACGAGAAAGAAAAUAUUCCAGAAAUGACUGUUGAAGUCAAAACCGAAUCGUUCGACAUUGAAACCGAAGAUCUAUGCGAAGACGCCGAUGUCGAGAGGAGGAACAACAAUGAAGUUCUCGAUGAUCUCAAUGUUAAUGAAUUACAGAUUACACCACAGCCGCUGGUUGACGUCUUUGUGUAUUCGUGGAAAUCGUACAAGUGGAAAUGCUUACAUUGUUCUGUUUCUUUUGACUCAAUGAACGACUUGAGGAACCACAGUAAAUUUGACCAUAAGAAAUGCUUUGGUUUUAAAUGCGCAGACUGCGAUGAUGGAUUUAACACGUUCAGUACAUUUAUCGAGCAUGUUAGAGGGCAUCGGGAAGACCUUAGAAAUUACUGUCCGUAUUGCAACAAGAGGUUCGACGAUGCCGGCCAAUGUAUCGCGCAUUUAACCGAGCACGGGAUCAGCGAGGCCACAACCUGCCCCUACUGCGGCGAGAUAUUCCCUGCGACAGACCUCCUAGACACCCACAAGUCCAUAUACAAGAUGGUUGAGAUCCCUGAAGCCGUGCCCCCAGCGCCGACCAAGGAGCGCCCUCCAAAAGUUGAGUACAAAAUUCGCAAGGGCUGGAUGAGGUAUAAGUGGACUUGCCAGGAUUGUUUCAAGGGCUUUGAAGGUGUCGUGCCUCUGAGGGCUCACGUGCAGAAAGAGCACAAGAAAUGCUUCGCCAUAAAGUGUAUGGACUGCAACAGAAACAUGAGGAACUAUGCUAAGUUCGUAGAGCACGUCCACCAGCACCAGCCGUCUCUGAAAGAGUUCUGUCAGUUCUGCAACAAAAGAAUUCCCAGCGAGAAGAAGUUGAAGGCCCACAUCGAGGAGCACACGUCGGGUCCGCAGGCGCCGUGCUACGGCUGCGGACAGAUCUUCGAAGACAACAAGAUCUUGAAGAAGCACAUGCUUGAGUAUGACGCCCCCGCGCCGCCCAAAGCGCUGCAAGGGCGGGACAGGUCCUGCGACCAGUGCGGCAAGGUGCUGGCCACGCCGGCCCGCCUCAGGACCCACAAGCUCACCCACGACCCUGACAGGCCGCGCAGCUUCAUCUGCGACGUCUGCAACAAGGGCUUCCAGAGCAAAGAGAAUUUGCGAUGCCACAAGAGACUACACGGGACUAAGCGGCACGUCUGCCGGAUCUGUCAGCGGGCCUUCUCCCUGCAGCUGGCGCUGCUGGAGCACCUGUCCAAGCACAGCUCGUUCAAGCAGUUCGAGUGCGACCACUGCGGCAAGAGGUUCUGGUCGAAGAACCGGCUGCGGCCGCACCUCAAGUGCCACGAGGAGGUCAAGCAGUUCGUCUGCAAGACCUGCGGGAAGGGGUUCAGGUUCAACAACCUGCUUGUCGCGCACGAGCGCCAGCACACGGGCACGAGGCCGCAUGUGUGCGCGCUGUGCCGCCGCGCCUUCACCAUCAGGCCGCUGCUGAACAAGCACAUGAUGGCGGUGCACGGCACCACGCUGGUGCAGCACGAGGCAGCCACUAGGACCAGCGGGGACCAGGGGCGCUCCAAAUAAAGGGGUUCAUGUUCGCGAGCUUGUCUUUGUUACUUCCUACUCCCAAAUGAAUGAAUGAAUGACAGUAAUGAAUGAAUAAAUGAAUGAAUGAAUGAAUUAUUUUAUUUCAGACAACAACAAGUCCAUAUGUGU